CGCCCCAGUGAAUCAUGUGGUGCCGGGGGAGGAAGUGCGGCUUGUUUUCUUUCCUCCAGUCGCCGGGCUCCGGGCGGAGCGCGAUGCUCGGAGACCCCCGCGGCGGCGGCGGCGGCGGCGAGCCCCGAUGAGGCGGCCCCGGCCCCGCAGCUGCGCCCCCGGCCCGAUGGAGGCCCCGCCGUGGGACCCCCUCCGCAAUGACUCGCUGCCGCCCACGCUCACACCCGCGGUGCCCCCGUACGUGAAGCUCGGCCUCACCAUCGUCUACACCGUGUUCUACUCGCUGCUUUUCGUGUUCAUCUACGCGCAGCUCUGGCUGGUGCUGCGCUACCGCCACAAGCGGCUUAGCUACCAGAGCGUCUUCCUCUUCCUCUGCCUCCUCUGGGCCUCCCUGCGGACCGUCCUCUUCUCCUUCUACUUCAAAGACUUCGUGGCGGCCAACGCGCUCAGCCCCUUCGUCUUCUGGCUGCUCUACUGCUUCCCCGUCUGCCUGCAGUUCUUCACGCUCACGCUCAUGAACUUGUACUUCACGCAGGUGAUUUUCAAAGCCAAGUCAAAAUAUUCUCCAGAAUUACUCAAAUACCGGUUACCCCUCUACCUGGCCUCACUCUUCAUCAGCCUCGUUUUCCUGUUGGUGAAUUUAACCUGUGCAGUGCUGGUGAAGACAGGAAAUUGGGAGAGGAAGGCCAUUGUCUCCGUGCGUGUGGCCAUUAAUGACACACUCUUUGUGCUGUGUGCCGUCUCUCUCUCCAUCUGCCUCUACAAAAUCUCCAAGAUGUCCUUAGCCAACAUUUACUUGGAGUCAAAGGGCUCCUCUGUGUGUCAAGUGACUGCCAUUGGUGUGACCGUCAUCCUGCUUUAUACCUCCCGAGCCUGCUACAACCUGUUCAUCCUGUCAUUUUCUCAGAGCAAGAAUGUCCAUUCCUUCGAUUAUGACUGGUACAAUGUAUCAGAUCAGGCGGAUCUGAAGAAUGAGCUGGGCGAUGCUGGCUAUGUGGUGUUUGGCGUGGUCCUAUUUGUGUGGGAGCUCUUACCUACCACCUUGGUCGUUUACUUCUUCCGAGUUAGGACCUCUGCAAAGGACCUUACCAACCCUGGAAUUGUCCCCAGCCAUGGAUUCAGCCCCAGAUCUUAUUUCUUUGACAACCCACGAAGAUAUGAUAGUGACGAUGACCUUGCCUGGAACAUUGCCCCUCAGGGACUUCAGGGAAGCUUUGCCCCAGACUACUAUGAUUGGGGACAGCAAACGAACAGCUUCCUGGCACAAGUGGGAACUCUCCCACCAGACUCAGCUUUGGAUCCUGACAAACCAAGCCACGGGUAGCAUCGGGAAGCAGUUUUAUGGAAGAUUCCUCAAGUGAAGAGCUUCAAAGAGACUAACUUAAUGACAGCUGAAUUUUUAAGGCACUUUUCCUUAAGAAAUAGGACUUGAUGUUUAUUUGUUACAGGUUUCUAAUGGCUCCAUAGGACUAAGCAAUAAUUCAGAUUGAUAAAACCUUAUUUUAGUACUAAAAAAGUGAGCCUGGCUGCCUAUUUCGGUGGGUAUAAUUUAAACUUUAAAAAAAUUCUGUACUUUUAUAAAGAUAUAUUUUAUAUAACUUAACGCUAGAAUAUAUACUAGCAUUUUUUUGAGAAUGUUAUUGCAAUAUGUUUGUAGUUUGCACAGACUUUUAUGCAUAAUUCACUUUAAAAGCAUACAGUACACGGUCUGAUGGUUGUUUAAGGCUUUUGGGCUAAAGUAUUCUCCAGAUCCUUACCUCUUCAGGUCGUACAGAUACUGAGUUUCAUGCCUGGUAGACUCUAAACAUAGUUGACGUCUAGAAAGUCAGUUACAGCUCCAGUGUUAAAAGCUACAACUCUGUUAAAAGCAGAGUAUCAACAGACUACAUACAAGGUCAUUGAUUCCUUCCUUCGAGUUAGGUCCAGUUGUUCCCUCAAAGAAUCUCCAGAAUUUUGCCAAAACAGUGGUACUUCUUUCAGCAGGGCACUAACGUAUACACUUCAGUGAUAAGUGGAUACGUUAAAAACAUGGAUAAAAUUGACACCACUAAACCACCUCCACUAUCUUCAGAAACUUUGCAGUUUUCAACCCAGUGAACUCCCAUAUCCGUUACCUCCGUAUUUUUGCAAGACUGCACCUUUCCCAAUCACUGACAUUCAGUACAUUCAAGGAACAAAGGAGAGGUUGUCAAAAGGGGAUAAAUAGUAAAUGCCCUUGAUCCAGAAGACUGUAUGGCAUCCAAAUAGUUUUCCUGUAAUUUCCCACCCUAUUUAAAAUAAUGUCCUGUAUUUUUAAAUUGCUCUGAAAAGCAGGCUAUUAGAAGCAGUGGCUAAAAAAUGAGAGUAGCAUCUCAGUGUCCUAUAGCAGGAUUCCUGGGGCUCAGCUGUGUAAGAGGGCAUGUUGCAGACAAUGGCUUGUAAAUCGUCUUCUGCUGAAAUGAAAUACUAGUUCUCCAGCCACGGGUAUGAUUCUAAAACCUCCAUGAUGUAUACAGGUAAAACUGCCUGCAGUAGGAAACUGUGGUGCAAGGCUCCAUUGGGGAGGUUAAAUGCUCUUAUUUUCCUUAAAGCAGAGGGAAGGCUCUAGAGGAUUUACUGUCACCUGAGAAACGGUAUCCACUCUGCCUAGGAAAUGUCAUCUCUCGAGACAGGAUGAGGAGGAGCAGAUGAAGAAAAAGUAGGGUUAAUAAGUUCUGCCUUCAUGGUGAAAGCCAUUUCAAAUGUCUCUUAUUUCCUAUUUUGGUCUUCAGAAAGGAUUUAUCUCUGGGCGUUGAUUUCACAGAGAUCAAGUCUACUUCUCUUGAUGGUAAUUAAAAUUGCCAUCUCAAGGUGAUUGAGGAGAUUGAGAUUGUGAUUGGAUUUCUCAUUUGUAUAGAGCGCCUUUAUCCUGCAUAAUCCCACAUAAUAGUGUUCUUGCCUUUCAGCAUUUGGAAGAAUUGCGGUCACAUAUUAUUGAAAAUAGUUACUGUCAGGGAAAAUUCUAGACUGAAGCAAAAUUUGCACUGAUUAUUUGGGUUGCCUUAAAAUAUUAUAAGUUGCUAUUAUUCUAAAUAGCUUUAGGAACAUCCUACUUGUCAUACUUUGUUACUAAUACUUAGGAGAAUUUAAAGGGAGUCCCAGCAUAUGCUUAAAACUUUAAAUCGUGCUUUCAGAAAGUACUUUAAUUAGGAUAUCCAAGGGCAGGUAUAUUUUUAAAAAUACAGUAAUUUAAAAAAAUCACUAAAAUCAUCCAAGUAUUAUACUCAUGCUGUAUCAACACAUUAUUAUUCUGUUAUUACUGGUAGGAAAAUGGAAAUACCCAGCAUUAAGCGAUAAAAGCCAUAAUCUAUUUUUAUAAUAAAGCUGCUACUAUUUGAACUAUUUUUUUAUUGGAAAGAAUAAAAAUGUUAUAAGAGCCUAUUUUUCCCUUCCCUUUUUUAAAAAAGUAAUGCUAAAGCACAAAUAUUAUAAACACAUCCAUAAUAUAAAUAGGAUUGUAGCAAACGAUCUUUAUCUCAUAGUAAAUGACCAUGUAUACCCUGUGAAACAUUAUAGAUAUGAUAGGUACGCAAAGGGAAAUUAAGAUUUCUUUAGGUUCCUAAUUAUAUUGUGCUGUGAAUGAGGUCACUACCAAAGCUCCUCCUCAGGUGGAAUAGUAAAGGCUCAGAGAAGGCAAAGAAUGGGGAUGGGAUUACCCAUUGUCAAAUACAGAGAUGCCCUUCUGUUUUAAGGCAACAUGAUGAAAUUAAAACCCUGGUCAUUUGAAAGUUAAAAAUGUAGGGGGCAAAGGCAAUGUCACUAAAAAUUUUGUAUGAAGUCUAAUUCAACACUAAAGGCUGCACAUGGCUGUUUCUGUGUACCUACUGGAAAUCUGCAGGUUAUUGUCUAAAAAUGCCAACUGGUUUGUGUAGAUAUUUUUCACUGGCUCUUUUUUCUUUCUCCAAUUAACUCACUUGGUUGAGCCAAUAUUACAACAUCCAGAGUAUGUCACACAUGGAGCUGUGGACUGUAAGUAGUUUUUUGACUCUUACAAUAUGCACAUCAGUCACAUUGAGUUAUGCCGAUUUUUUUCUCGGAUGUACCAGGCAUGUUGUUAAAACUCUGCUGGUUACCAUGUCUAGCUAUGUAGAUCAAGCACACUUGCUGGUGUAUCCCCAAAUAUCCUCUUUUACCAAAAUCCAACAGAACUGCUCUUUGUUGGCCUUGAACACUUAAUUCCUAUCAGGAGGAAAGUAAUAGGCAUUAGUAAAUCCCAGAGCAUGAAAAGUACUUAAGAGAAAAAGGUUUAUAUAUUUACAUAGAUGUUACUAGACUAUUUUAAUUUUUCUAAAAUUAUCUUUUUAUUUCUUUAACAAAGGUACACUUAGAAUUAAAUGGGCCUAAAUAUUUGAAGUUUUUAAAAAGAUUUCCAACUAAAGAAACUUUGUUUUAAAAAAAAAUCUUGUUUUCAGAGUGCUAGAUAAUAAAAUCUAGACAGGUGUAGGUCUAAUCAAAGACAUCUUUCCCAUUUUUGGCCCCAGGGGAGAAUUUUAUUUAAAAAAAAAAAAAUUCUAACUGCGCAUAACCAUUUAAGACUUUUCAUGGUCCAGAGGAGCUGCUGGAAAGGAGCAGGCUAAAAAGUAGAAUUCUCAUCAAAAACUAUAAAGUGGUCAAAGUGAGGGAACACUUAAAAAGGAAUGGAGGGAAUGGAAUUCACUGUCUACUGCAUGCCGGUUACAUGCUAGACAAUGAACGACUGGGUGUUUGCUGGUCUGAGUGUCCAGUCUGUAAACCGUUCCAUUAACCCUACUCAAGGCCCUUAGUAGGGAUAUGUGGAAAACCUCUUGCACCAAUGGGCCCAAAUACCUGGAAGCAUGUGAAAGAUGUCCCUGUGCCUCCAACCUAGCUAUCGGUGCAAAUUCCCUGUACCUGUCAUGCAGCAAUCUGGGCCUGGGAAUCGAAGGUGGGUUCUGUCAGUGUGGAGUUCUUUCUGCCCAGGUCAGCAGGUAGGGGGUUAGAGUCCUCAGAUCCAAAUCCAGGGACUCAGCAGCUCCUAAUGGUUUCUGCCUGGUUCCUCUAAAGAUGGAUUUCUUUCAUCUAUUCCCUGACCUGGAACUGAAACCGAUUCUAUUUUCCCAGAAACUGGUUAUACCUUGCCAAGAUUAAUUCCACUGUAGCCUCCAAAAGGGACUUCCCUUUUGCGGUGUGGUUGCCCAACUGCUCAGAAUAGUAGACUAUCUCCAGAACCUAUUUUCUGCCUCUGAACUUCAGUGUGAGCAGAACAGAUCAGAUGCCUCCUCCCUCUAGCUGGAUUUAUGACCUCAUUCUCUCUAGCCUGUACGAGCCCUAAAUCCCCCACUUUCUCUGAACCUGUUUUCCUCAGGUCCCUUUGCAGUCCCAAGUCCUGGAGCUCCUUGAAGGCAUGGAGAUAUAAAAAGGCUUACCAGGGCCAUUCAAUUUGUGUGGCUGAGAAUCCUUGGCUGUCCCCUUACUGAAUUCACUAGCCCAGAGCCUAGGUUUGCAGACUUAAAAACCUAUCUGAGGGAAGAACACCCAUUUGGAUGUAUAUUGUUAAGGAAAUCUGUAUGGAAAGUGAGAUAAUGUAUCAGACUGCUGCCUGAAGGACACAGACUCUGACCCAGGGGUAUUAGCUGGAUGAUUUUAUUUUGUGAUAACUUGAUGGCACUGUCAAGCAAACACUAAAAUUCAUUCACAUUGAGGGCAUCCUCUACACCAGACAGGUUUCUAUGUUAGCUAUUCCUCUUCAAUGAACGUAUUCUUUCUCUGGGUGAAUUCUCAGUAUAAACCAGAUAUAGCCUAGUUAGGUUACAGAAUUCAUAAGUUACAUGAUGGCAGGAACAGCUGUGUUUUGUUCACUGCUAUGUUCCCAGCACAAACAAUUAUAAAUGGUCAAAUCCUGUUCUUGUGGUAGAUGGUCUUUCUUUUUCAAAGGUAACUUCUUUCACUUGCAUUUUUAUCCACGGUAUAUGGAUUUGACCAGUAUAAGGGCCUAUCCCUGUUUUCUCACAUAUCUAACUUUUGGGUAAGGGAAUUAAUUCAUAAUGUAAUUUUAAAAAGGAAAUAAGGAUUUUACAUAAAGACAACCUCCAGGAAUGAUUUGAGACAGAUUGGGUUCUCACUGACAUGAAAUUCUGUCUCCUUCUAUGCAGGCACUACAUGCCCGCUCUUUGCCCUCACCUGUUUGGGCACUGGCAGAUAGAAUACUGAAAUAAUGAACAGUAAAAAGUAGAUCUUUAUCAGCUUAAGUAUAAAAUGAAAAGAAUAGGGACGCAUGAAAGUGAUUAAAAGUGCAACUCUUGAGAAAACACUGAAUUGGGCAGAGUUCCAGCAUAGUCCAAAUGUUAGUGAAUUUUUUUUUCUAAAGCUCAUAUGAAAUAAGUAAGCACAGCUAAAGAAAACUUUUUUAAAAGGGUGGCGGUUGGGGAAAAGAGGGAGCCAACACACCAGAUAUUUAAACACAGACCCUGAGUAAUUAAUAGUUGUGGUCCUGGUGUCUGAGUAAACAGACCAAUAAAACAGAAAGAGAACCCAGAUAUGGAGCUAAUUCUGUGUGCGAUGCGAGAUAUGAUAAAUGAAGCAUCUCAGACUAGGGAGGACAUGAUACAACUGUUCAGUCAAUGGUAUUGGAAUAACUGGAUGAUCACCUAGGAAGAAAUGAGGCUGGAUCUGUAACUUACAUCCUACACUGGGACACACUCCAAAGGGAUCAAAACUUAGAUCUAAAAAACCUCCAAAAGAAACGAUAGGUGAAUUACUGCUGUGUAAGGAAGGUGUUUAAACUAUGACUCAAGCCCAGAAACCACUGAGAAACAGAAAUUAAAAAAAAAAAAAAUCACAAGGCAAAAACCACCAUAAGCCAAGUCAAAAGACAGACACCAACUUAAAAAGAAAUUUAGAGCCCACCAAAAAGGAAUAAUAUGUAACCAGGUACUCCUAUAAACAAGGUCAAUAAUGCAGUAGAAAAGUGGGCAACAGGUAUGAAUGUGAGGAACACAAGUGGAUCUUAAACAUGUUAAAAGGAGUCAACCUCAGUUGAAGUAAGAAAAAUAGAAACUAAAACACAUUGAUCUGUAAUUUUGUACCUAUCAGAAUGGCAAACAUCAUACCCACAUCCACGCAGGUAAGGUUGUGGGUGAGCAUGCAGUGUCUUAAGUUGCAGGUGGAUAUGUGAACUGGGUAACUGCCUUGAUGGAGGGAAAUACUCUAUUUUUCAAAAUUAUAAAUGUACACGGUCUGUAACCCCAAAAUUCCAUUUAGGGGAAUUUACUCUACAAGAACAUAUUUAUGUAUGUGGGAAAUGACAGGAUAUACACAAGGUUUGGAAACCAUCCAAAUGCCCAUUAGUAGGGGAUUGGUUAAACAAUUAUAUGAAUAUAUAAUGGGAUACCAAGCAGUUCUUGAAAAAAAAAAAAAACUUUAACGAGUAAGCUAUCUAGGGAUGUGGGAAGAGUACCAACAAAAAGAAAGUGAAUAAAAGUACAUGGUAUGUAUAAGAUGCCACUCUUUGGGGAAAAAAAUGAGAGGAACAGUUAAGACUUUACAUUUGUAUUUGUUUGUAUAUGCCUAAAAUAUGUAUGAAUGGAAACAGAAGAAGCCCCAAACCAGAGGUUAUGGGGGUGAGGGGUGGGACGUACAGUAUGGGCAGUUGGGCUGAGGACCAGAAGAAGACAUUCCACUGUGUAGUCUUCCAUGUUUUUUUUUGGUUUUUUGAACCAUGUGAAUGUAUUAGUAUUUGAAAAAUAAAGAUUUUAAAAGCCUUA